GCGUAUGCUCUAGCUACUCCUCGCCUGUAGCAUAACAUCUGACCCCAGGCAGCCUGGCAUCUGCUCGACCCGGAUGCCCAAGCAAAGAGGUCCAUCCAACAAACCCACUAUGAAUGUAAAUUGGCCUGUUUGACUUAACCUAUUGACUUUCUUCUAUGAUAGAUGAUUUGUUUGCCACCUGGGUUGGCCAGAGAAUAUAGAGCUUCCCUGACUGUCAAGGAGGCGAGGGCGCACCAGAGGGACGAAAAGUCGUGCGUAGAGGAAAUGAUUACCGCCUCUCUAUUUCUGUACCGCCAAGCUCUUUAUUGGUCUUAGGCUGCCGUGGCAGAGAUUGUGUGUGUGUGUGUGUGUGUGUGUGUGCGUGUGUGUGUUUUCCAUCUACCUCCUGCAAAGCACACUCCACUGACUGUUUGGAUCUAUCAGCGUGUACCUGAUCUCUCUUCCACGGCUGGACUGAGGAAAUAAGGGCAAUAAGCAGUAUCACAGCGGGCCUAUCCCGUGGCACCACGGAAGAGUUGCCACGAUGAUAGUUACAAUGCUAACGGCUAUGUACAUGGUGGUCAGAGUAGUUGAAAAGAUAGGAGUGCGGUUUGCGCGCAGGGAUCCUCCCUUGCCUUUCGUGGUGACCCAGGUUCUGCCCUGGCAGGUGCACCAUGUGUCCCAAAAGAGGAGGAGCAGCGCAACAGCAGAGUACGAUGGCCAGAGGAGGAACAGCCUAGGAGUGUUCAGAAAGAUAAAUUCGGACCUCUUCCCCAAUACAACGUUGGCUGUUGCUGUUGCCACUUUGGCUGUGCCCUGUCUCCUGACGUGCAACCGGAAAGACUCCACCUGCAGCAACGGGUGUGCAGCGGCGCCCCUCGGCCUCACCCUGCCCGUGGAGAAAGCUGCCGCCACCAUCCAGAACCAGUUCAGGAAGUACCAGCAGAAGAAGAAGGAGACCAAGUAGAAGCACACCCGCACCACCCGAGCUCUGCAAGACAGACAGACGGACACAAACACACUGGCGGGGGACACAGACAGACAGACAGACAGACAGACAGACAGACAGACAGACACAAACACACUGGCGGGGGACACAGACAGACAGACAGACAGACAGACAGACAGACAGACAGACAGACAGACAGACAGGCAGGCAGACAGACAGACAGACAGACAGACAGACAGACAGACAGACAGACAGACAGACAGACAGACAGACAGACAGACAGACAGACCUCUCCAAAAUGUAAAGAGCAAGAGGACCAAACAUUUCCUCUAACUCUGUUACCUGUGUUGCGCAGCGUGUUAAGUAAAGCAAAGUAAAUAGUACUGACUGACUUGACAUAUGUCGAACAUUACACACACACACACACACACACACACACACACACACACACACACACACACACACACACACACACACACACACACACACACACACACACACACACACACACACACACACACACACACACACACACACACACACACACACACACACACACACACAGACACAGACACACACACACACACACACACACACACACACACACACACAGACACACAGACACGCACGCACGCACGCACGCACGCACGCACAGAUUCAACCACAAAAUGAACGGACUAAAUAUUACACACAUCCCGUCUUAUACUAUGAAACUGAAUAUAUAGACGUACGUAUGAAUAAGAUGUCCUUUAUAUGCUAAUGGUUAGAGCGUUGGACUAGUAACCGAAAGGUUUCAAGUUCAUAUCCCCGAGCUGACAUCUGUCGUUUUGCCCCUGAACAAGGCAGUUAACCCACUGUUCCUAGGCCGUCAUUGGAAAUAAGAAUUUGUUCUUAACUGACUUGCCUAGUUAAAUAAAGGUAAAGUAAAAAUAAAUAAAAAAA